CCAUGUCAGACUACCUUUGGUUUGAAGGGAUGCCUUUACCUGCCAUAGGGUAUAAAACAGAAAUCAUAGCGGAUGCUCGCAAUAAGUUUGCGAUAACAGAUGAAGACACGGUCAUACUGACUUACCCCAAGUCAGGAACAAACUGGCUGAUUGAGAUGGUCUGCUUGAUUCAGACCAAGGGGGAUAACAAGUGGAUCCAGUCUGAGCCCUCCUGGAAUCGCUCACCCUGGGUAGAGACUGAAAUAGGAUAUCACGAGUUACUCAAUAAAGAAGGGCCACGACUCAUCAGCUCCCACCUUCCCAUGCACCUUUUCCCCAAGUCUCUCUUCAGUUCCAAGGCCAAGGUGAUCUAUCUCAUCAGAAAUCCCAGAGAUAUUCUUGUGUCUGGUUAUUUUUUCUGGAGUAAGACAAACCUUGUUAAGAAUCCAGACUCACUGGAAACUUAUUUUGAAUGGUUCCUCAAAGGAAAUGUCCUAUAUGGAUCAUGGUUUGAGCACACUCGUGGUUGGAUGUCCAUGAGAGAAUGUGACAACUUCCUACUACUGAACUAUGAAAACAUGAAAAAGGACACAAGGGGAACCAUAGAAAAGAUCUGUGACUUCCUAGGAAAGAAAUUAGAGCCAGAGGAGCUGGAUCUGGUCCUCAAGUACAGCUCCUUCCAAGCCAUGAAAGAAAACAACAUGUCCAAUUUUAGUACCAUCAGCCAAGAUGUAAUUACUAAUGGUUUGAAGCUCCAGAGAAAAGGCACAGCUGGGGACUGGAAGAAUCACUUCACAGUAGCCCAAGCUGAAACCUUUGAUAAAGUAUACAAGGAGAAAAUGGCUGGUUUUCCUCCAGGACUCUUCCCAUGGGAAUAAAUUCUCAAAAUAUUUCAAUGUUAUACGGAUACUGGUGUUUAUUUUCCUGUUAUUCUAUUUUAAUGAGUGGGUGUAGUCAUUAAAUAAAUCCUCUUUUGGGAUUGUGAUUUUUAAA